AUGUUGGGGGAAAUAGAGGCCAAUCCAGAGAUCCCAGUGGAGACAUUGAGGAGGUAUGCACAAGAGAAGUUUCAAUUGAGGGUGAAAAAGAGGCUACUGUACAAGGUCAGGAGUAUGGCCAAGGAAAAGCUGCAUGGUGGUUGGGCUGAAGCAUAUGAGCUGUUGCCUAGGUAUGCUGAGAUGAUUAAGAAAACAAACCCAAGGAGUCAUGCUCUUAUAACAUGGGGGGCCAGUAGUAGGGAUGUGAACCCAAAAUUCAGAGCUUGCUUCUUCUCAUUUGCUGCACAGGUCAGGGGGUUUCUAAGGGGUUGUAGGCCCAUAAUUGGAAUAGAUGGGGCUCAUUUAAGUGGUUUCUACAAGGGCAUUCUACUGUCAGCAGUUGGCAUAGAUGGGAACAAUAAAUUUUUUGUUCUUGCCUAUGGGAUAGUAGACACUGAGAGUUGUGACAGUUGGACCUACUUCAUGAGAUGCUUGAUGCAAAUGUUUGAGCAGGAGGGUUGCAACAGAGAUGAAGUUAGAGAAACUUUUCCUAGAGCAACUAGGAGAGUUUGUUGCCAACACCUAUACAUGAAUUGUAAGAACAAUGGCUUCAGUGGAUCUGCAUUCCACAAGCUCUUUUGGAUAGCUGCUAAUGCAUACAAUGAGUAUGUGUUUGGUAAGGCCAUGGUGAAGAUCAAUGAGUACAAUGUAAAUGCCACUGCAUACUUGAACAGCUGCAUUGAGCAGUGGUCUAGACAUAAGUUUGACUCUACUGUUUGUUGUGAUCACAACACAACAAACUUUGUGGAGUCAUUCAAUGCAUGCAUAAAGCCCUUCAGAGACAUGCCUGUCUUCUCAUUAUUGGAAGCAAUCAGAAGUUGGUGUAUGCAGAGGGUGGGGGCUACAUUUGACAAGGCAGUUGACAUGGAGGAUGGUCAGCUCACUGCAUAUGCAUUGAAAGAGUUAGAGGAGAGGACAGCUGAGUCCAGGUUAUGUUAUGCCACAACAUGUGGAGGGGGUGAAUUUGAGAUUAGGGAUGGACAUGUCAACUUCCCAAUUAGGCUUGCAACAAGAAGUUGUGCCUGUGGGAAGUGGAAGAUCUGUGGAAUCCCCUGCAAGCAUGCACUGAGGGUCAUAUAUGACCAAAGGAUGAACCCCCAUGAUUUCAUAUCCCCAUGGUUCAAGGCUGCUGCAUACAAGCUAACCUAUGCAGAACACAUUCAUCCCAUGGCAGAUCCAUCUCAGUGGCCUGACUUUGGCCUUCCUUCCAUUCAGCCUCCAACCAUCAAAAGACCAUCUGGAAGACCUGCUAAGUAG